UAUGUUUUCUUUCCCUCUUUUGGUCGACUUUCUCACCAUCCUUCGGCCACUAUCCGUCCAGCCACCGUCGUCCAACUCAGAUCUGCAGAUGCCUCCUCCCUCCUCGACGCCUACUUCAACUCCAUCACGGCCUCCCUCUUUCUACCUCAAGCAUCUUCUCAGAUCCACCUCACCCACCACAACCAUUGUCAUCACCACCUCCGCCGCCUGAACUCUCACCGGCCACCGCCUCCUACAUCACGUUCGUCUCCUCCUCCUUCUCUGACACCUUCAUAUCAGACCACUACUACCACUAGCGAGCACGUUCACCACUACUGUCGCCGUCUCCUACAACAACUCUAUACUCCAUCGCCAUCCUUUUCACCUCGUUUCACCACCACAAUCGGACCUCUCAUCUCCUCCUCCGCCUUCACCGCAACUAGAUUCCAGAGAGAGAGAAGUCAGGGAACGAGAGAGAGAAGAACGACGAGGGAGAGGAGAGAGAUACCUGCUGCAGGAAAAAUAGAGAGACAGAAUUAUUUCUGUAUUUUUAUUUGUAAAUAACAGUCCUAAUAAUUCUAUAGGUAGAUGAGAGUUGAAUUGAAUUGAGCUGAAAAAAUAAAUAAAUUAAAGUAGAAAAAUAUAAUUCUUGAGGAGCUGAACCCAAGACCAUCAAGCCACCAACAUAGAAUUUCUUUCAAUACCACAAACAGACUUCCUGCAGUGACGAAAAUUGUACAUUACACAGUCAAGACAUCCUCCACCAUUCGAUUAAUCUAACUGUCCAAAUUAUUUCUUUCAAUUUCAUAUUCUUAAACCCCAAAAACCAAAGUAGUCGUUUGUUUCAUUCAAAGCACACGCGCUGCGCAGUUCCUUCCAUCUGAUCUGCGAGUCUUCUCAGUUUUAUAGAAUAGUUUUGUUGAACGCCUAUCGUCAUACAAUGGCGCCGUCGGAGUCAUCCGUUGUGGCGGAGUACGCAAAGUCUAACCGUUCGACGUGCAAGAAAUGCUCAGAAGCUAUACAAUCUAAAACCCUAAGAUUGGGUUUGAUUACAAAAGACAAGAGUAGAGGCUUCGAUGUUACUAAAUGGCACCACCUCACUUGCUUCACUGUACCCUCCUCUCACUCCUCAAUUGAUAAAAUUACCGGCUUUUCCUCGUUGAAGAGCGGUGACCAGGAAGCUCUCACGAAGUUAUUUACUGAACAGGAGGACAACUCUGCAGAGGCUAGUAAAAAAACGAAAGGCAUACAAAAUGAAGAGCAAGAUGCUGAAGAAAGGGAUUCAAAGAAAACAAAAUUAUCCACCUCUGAUGUCAAAGCUGCGAUUAAUAUCAACUUUUCAGUUUCUGAUGUCAAGAGCACAUACAAGGAUGCUACCCUUUUGCCUAAAUGGAAGGCUUUCCAGACAGUCAUUUUUCUUGAACGGGAUGAUGGUCUGGAAGAUUCAAGUAAAAUUGCUGCAUUUGAUUUUGAUGGUUGUCUUGCGAAAACUGCUGUGAAUAGAGUUGGUCCAGAUGCUUGGUCUCUCAUGUAUCCCUCAAUUCCUGAUAAACUGCAAAGCUUAUACAACAAUGGCUACAAGCUGGUAAUUUUCACCAAUGAAUCCAAUAUUGAUCGUUGGAAGAACAGCAGACAGAAAGCCGUGGACUCAAAAAUUGGACGUCUAAAUCAGUUUAUUGAGGAAGUGAAGGUCCCAAUUCAGGUUUUUAUAGCUUGUGGGACAGGUAAGUCAGGCAAAGCUGGAAAAAAGGGUAAGUCGGGCAAAGCUGGAACAGAGGAAGAUGAUCCUUUUCGGAAACCAAAACCAGGGAUGUGGCAACUUAUGGAGAAACACUUUAACUCCGGUCUUACCAUCGAUAUGGAUGAAUCCUUUUAUGUCGGUGAUGCAGCUGGGAGAGAAUCAGAUCAUAGUGAUGCUGAUAUUAAAUUUGCAGAGGCAAAUGGUUUGAAAUUUUAUGUCCCUGAAGAGUACUUUGCCGCAUGAGCAUCUAAUUUGGUCAUUGGUUCACAGAAAGGCCUAGAGAAUGAAUACUUGUAAAAAUUGAGUUUGAAGUUACUCGGAUUUUGAAUGUUUUGUCCCUUUUUCAUUCUAUUUUAUAUAUAUAUAUAUAUAUAUAUAUAUAUAUAUAUAUAUAUAUAUAUAUAUAUAUAUAUAUUUUGAAUACACCAUUUUGGCAUAUUGUUCAUGGUAAUGUUCUUUUUUUGUUCUCUAGUA